AGCCAGUCAUAUCUUCCCUGGACGAGGGACUUCAGUGCCCAUAGAGCACCUCGCUGUGUCUCUUCCUCUUGCUUCAGUUUCUCGUACCUUUGCACCACCACCGGGGGUUCCGCCGGAACGCUCGCCGAGAGAAGAGCGACAUGGCCCGCGUGGUGGUUGAAGGGAUGCCGGAGACGGCCGCCGUAGGAGGAGGGAUGGUGAACCGACGGAAAAGCAAAGCCAGGCGGAGAAAGCGAAAGGAGUUGUUCGCCAUCCAGAUGUGCUUUGCGGGGGUAAUACUCGGGCUUGUCGUAGGGCUCAAGUCUGUGGCUCAGAAAGCAGGAUAUUAUGUUUCCAGUUCCAUGGUUGAGGAGGGUCUGAAGUGGGAGAGUCGUCACCUUUUACAAGAACUCUACGAAAAUGAUUCAAAGCUCUUCUCAGAGCCUGAAAAAAACUGCACAGAACCAGCAAUCCAUGAGUUUCCCAGGGAUUACUUCACCAACCAGGAGCGUGUUGAUGGAGCAGUGGGCCUGCACGUCCUCUGUGCGGUCUACAUGUUCUAUGCCUUGGCCUUGGUGUGUGACGACUACUUUGUCCCCUGUCUAGAGAAGCUCUGUGAGCGUCUUCAGCUGAGCGAGGAUGUAGCAGGAGCGACCUUCAUGGCAGCUGGAAGUUCUGCACCUGAACUGUUCACGUCUGUCAUUGGAGUUUUCAUCACGAAAGGUGACGUCGGGGUCGGCACCAUCGUUGGCUCCGCCGUCUUCAACAUCCUCUGUAUUAUCGGAGUGUGUGGCAUAUUUGCCGUACAGGCGAUCCAUCUCACCCGCUGGCCUCUGAUCAGAGACUCUACAUACUAUACCCUGUCCAUCACUGCUCUUAUAGUGUUCAUAUAUGACGAAAAAAUUGUUUGGUGGGAAGCUCUGACGUUGAUUCUGAUGUAUUUCGUCUACAUUUUCAUAAUGAAGAUGAACUCCCACGUUGUUCGUUUUCUGGAGAGGCGGAAGAAAAAUUCGUCCAGCCUGAGGAACGGAGUGGCCAAUAACGGCGAGCUUGACGACGGCUGUGACGCAACAUCUGUUCUACUGAAGAAAGCGAACCACCACAGGAAGCCGUCUGUUCUGAUGGUGGACGAGUUGCUGUCAGCGUAUCCCCACCAGCUGUCCUUCUCUGAGGCGGGCAUGAGAAUCAUGAUCACCGACCACUUCUCCCCGAGAACCAGGCUCACCAUGGCUUCACGGAUGCUCAUCACAGAGAGACAGCGUCUAAUCCACUCAAGGACUUUGACUAACGGUGACUCCGAUGUUCAAGUGAAAGGAGGAAGUAGGCGGGGCGUAGAGAACGGGAUGUCCGGACCCGAGAGGGGGAUCGGAGUUCGCCGCGAAGACCGAGAGGCGGGCAACGAGACGGAGAACGAGGACAACGAGAACAAUGAGAACGAUGAAGAGGAAGAAGAAGAGGACGGAGGGGGGCCCUUCGUACCCUUCCAGUGCCCAGCGGGGGGUUUUAACAAGCUGAAGUGGCUGAUAGCCUGGCCUCUCUGCCUGCUGCUGUACUUCACCGUCCCCAACUGCUCCACGCCUCGCUGGGACAACUACUUCAUGCUGUCCUUCUUCUGCUCCACCCUGUGGAUCGCUGGCUUCUCCUACAUCAUGGUCUGGAUGGUGACGGUGAUCGGCUUCACACUCGGUAUCCCGGACGUCAUCAUGGGCAUCACCUUCCUGGCAGCCGGCACAAGCGUCCCUGAUUGCAUGGCCAGCCUUAUAGUGGCACGACAAGGAAUGGGAGACAUGGCAGUGUCCAACUCUAUCGGCAGUAACGUGUUCGACAUUUUGGUGGGGCUCGGGCUCCCCUGGUCCCUGAAGACCCUCGCUAUCACCUACGGCUCUGAUAUCAAAAUCAACAGCAAAGGACUGAUCUUCUCCGUCGGGCUCCUGCUGGCAUCUGUGUUUAUGACUGUCCUGGGAGUUCACCUCAACAAGUGGACCUUGGACAAGCGCCUGGGUUUCACGUGUCUCCUCCUCUACUCCGUCUUCCUGUGUGUCUCCUGCCUUAUUGAGUACAAUAUCUUCACCUUCGUCAACCUGCCAACCUGCCGCGACGAUUAACACACACACACACACACACACACACACACACACACACAGACACACACACACACAUACACUAUAGAAAUGGUGUUUGCAAAGAAUUCCAAGAUAUUCCGAUGAUAGGAUUAGAACGUAUGAUUCUUAAUAUAUUUAACAGCAAGAAUUACUUGCAAAUACCAUUUAGAACACACUCACUUUCCUGCUUUUGCUCUCUUUUAUGAGAAGACGUCCCACUCUGCUUUUCUUUUUUUUUGAUGGCUUUUCUCUGCUCAGUGCAAUUUGGAGCUUCUCUGAUGUGUGGAUUGGUUUUCAGCAGCUGAGAUAGAAAUGACUGACUUGGCCUCACACAGGACAGCACUGAAGACAGGAGCCACGACAAAAAAAAAAAACAUUUGUCCGACUAGUGCUUGCUUCUGACCUGAGGACCUUCAGUUUGAAACUCCCUGUAUUUAGGUGUGAAAGUAGUCAUGUUUACUAGCUGCUAACCUUUCCUGAGAGGAAAGGUGGGUCUUUAGAUCUUCUAGAUGAGAAUAAUAAUUAUAAAAGCAAUGAUGUAAAUAGGUGGGAGGUUGUAGGUUAGCGCUGUGGUUCAGAUAACGAUUUUAAAACACAGUUAGUGAAAUGUUCAGGCAAGGAACAGAAAAUGGUAUGCAGAUUGGUCCGUUUUUCAAUCACCAUUAUCUUAAGAAUAUAUUUGAUUUCCAUCAUGAGGUCAUAAUCAAGUCUGUUUUGAGAAACGUUUUAAGAAACCCCUACACAGAAUCAGGGCAUUACCCAAUCAGUGUUUUAUAAAGGAAAGCUGGGGUAGGCCGAAUACUUUUGGGGAAAAUUGGGCAUAAAACCCCUCUCAGCGUAUUUUAAUUUAAGCGGUUAGGUCAAAAACUACACCUUAUCCUCCUCUUGGAUUUGGUUUUUCAGGCUAGAAAAAUGUUGGCAAAGUGAUUCAGAGAUGUGUACAGAACAUGAUUGGGGCCCACGUGUGAAAUUGUUUUUGAGAUCUGACCAAAAGUCAAAUUCCUUUUUUCAGUUCUGAGAAAAAAUUAAAACAUUCUGAGUUUCCUUUUCAGAGGUCUGACUUCAAUCUCAGAAUUAAAAAAAGUGUACUGUAGGUUGAGAGAAUAUUUAAUUAACACCAACAUUUUCUCUAUAUAUCUCUACAGUACUUUAACCUUCUUUGAGAUGUCGCGACACAGAAAGGCGCCUCCCCCCAGCAUUCCAUCAAAACAACGCUCCCACCGUUUUUUUAUUGAUGCUAUGACAGCGAUUUAUUGGUAAUGUAUCCCACUUUUUAUGGCAGACUAGCAUCUACCUUUUGUAUUUGAUUGUCUGUUUUCAGCUACUAUAUAUUAGUUUGAUUUGAUGUUUUUUUCACCAGUCUGAAAGAUGCUAGCUCUCACGCUUUGUAUGAAUGAGCUGCAUGAUGAGACUUUGCCGGACUGAUCGAUCCGAACAAACAGGCCUUUAUUGUAAUAGUUUCCGUCAGAGACACACGGUUUCUCAAGGUGGCUGCUAGCAAUCACAUAUGCUCUGUCUUCAUUGGAAACAAUUGAAAAAAGAUGCUGGCGCUCAACAAAAGGCGCUUUGUGGACACAAGCCGUUAGCCGUAAGCAGUUAGCCGUUAGCAGCGACAACAGCAUCUGGUUCUCUGUAUUUUUGCCUUUUUCUGGAGACAAAAAAACAUAAA